CCAAAGUCCCCACGGGCCACUCUUAAGCAAGCGCGCGCCCCAGAGAGACACCAUGCCUCUCCCGCUCUGCCUCAGGAUGUGGGGAAGCUUUGCUUUGUUGCUGGUGGGGCUCUAUUUCUGCACCGUGGAUGGUGUCAUCCCAGAAGAAGAACAAAACCCUGAUUUCUGGAACCGUCAGGCGGCGACUGCUCUUAAGACAGCCCAGCAGCUCCAGCCCAUCAACACGAAAGCCAAGAACCUCAUCCUCUUCCUGGGGGAUGGGAUGGGAGUGCCCACCAUUACGGCCACCCGCAUACUCAAAGGACAAAAGGCAGGUCAUCUGGGACCCGAAACCCCCCUGGCUAUGGACCGUUUCCCUUACGUGGCUCUAUCCAAGACGUACAAUGUAGACAGGCAGGUCCCGGACAGUGCGGGCACAGCCACCGCCUACCUCUGUGGCGUGAAGGGCAACUACAAAACCAUCGGACUCAGUGCGGCUGCCCGCACGGACCAGUGCAACACCACCGCGGGCAACGAGGUCUACUCGGUGCUGCAGCGAGCCAAGAAAGCAGGAAAGUCCGUGGGGGUGGUGACCACCACGCGGGUGCAGCACGCCUCGCCCUCGGGCACGUACGCCCACGUGGUGACCCGGGACUGGUACUCAGACGCCGACAUGCCUCCCGAGGCCCUGCAGAGCGGCUGCAAGGACAUUGCUUCCCAGCUGAUCGCCAACGUGGACAUUGAUGUGAUCCUGGGGGGCGGCCGAAGGUACAUGUUCCCCGCAGGAACCCGUGAUCCCGAGUACAACAGCACCGGAAUCAGGAAGGACGGCCGGAACCUCGUAAAGGAAUGGCAGGAGAACAGAAAGGGCGCCAGCUACGUGUGGAACCGCGAACAGCUGCUGAAAGCGGCCCAAAACACCUCCGUGACGCACAUCAUGGGUCUCUUUGAGCCCGGGGACACCAAGUACGAGGUGCACCGCAAUGUUUCCGCGGACCCCUCCUUGGAGGAGAUGACCGAGGUCGCCAUCCAAGUGCUCAGCCGGAAUCCCAAGGGCUACUACCUCUUCGUGGAAGGAGGCCGGAUCGACCAUGGCCACCACGACGGCUACGCGCACUUGGCCUUGACUGAGGCGGUCAUGUUUGACUUAACCAUCGAGAAGGCCACUGCGAUGACCAGCGAAAAGGACACUCUGAUUGUCGUCACUGCCGACCACUCGCACGUCUUCUCCUUCGGGGGCUACACCUACAGGGGCAGCUCCAUCUUUGGACUGGCUCCCAAAAAGGCCGAGGACGGGAAAUCGUAUACUUCCAUCUUGUACGGCAACGGACCCGGCUACCAGAUCAAUGGGACUAGGCCGGACGUCAACGAGAGCAUCAGCGAGCAAGUGUCCUACAAGCAGCAGGCGGCUGUGCCCCUGGACUCGGAGACUCAUGGGGGGGAGGACGUGGCCAUCUUCGCGAGAGGCCCCCAGGCCCACCUGUUCCACAGCGUGCAGGAGCAGACCUACGUGGCCCACGUGAUGGCCUUCGCCGCCUGCCUGGAGCCCUACGAGAACUGUGAACUCCCCACCUACAAUGGCGGCUGCCAAGCAUCGAGGUCUCUCCCGCUGGUGAUCCUGGCCUGGGCUUUCCUGCUUUUAGCGGGUCUGUGCUGAUCAGCCACUUGUCGUCACCAUUCCAGUGACUCCUCCGGGCUCCGGCUACUCCCACUGCGGGAGGGGCCCGGCCCUUCUGACAGUCCCCUGCAGGGGGCUUACAACUGCUGACAAAUAAAUUAGGGAUCAAAGUCUCGAACCAAGACUGUUCUCACUGAGUCCCUCCCCUCGCGUUGCCCCCCAACAUCGGGGAGCCUUUUCCUCCGCCUCUGCUCUUCACUGGCUGUGUGGGGGGAGCCCCCAUGAUCUUCUGCUACUCACGUGCUUCAAGGCCUUUCCCCACAUGGUGAAAGCGAGGAUGUCGGUCCCGCCGCCACUCCUGCUGCCACUCAACAGGGAGCCAGGUCGGUACACAGAAAGGAUUCCGGAUGUGGAGGGUCAAUGUCCCACAGCUCUGGUCAGGAUCUUCUGUGGGGGAGGGUGUGUUCACUGACAUCAUUUGUUUUUCCACCAUCUACAUUAUCCAACGUAGCUCCUCCCCCUCCUAAAGCGCCAUCAUCCCAAGCAAAGAAUAAAACAGAAAGGUAAGCGAUACAACAAAA